UCAAACCAGCUGAGCUCAGAAAGUAAACAGAGCUCGAGAGCGAAGCAUGCUUUCCGUGGGACACCAGCUGGUCAUGCCCUCCCAGCCUCUCCUCUUCCUCCUCAUCCUCCUCCUGCACUUCGGUGCCUGGGGCUCCGCCUGGCCACACGACUACAGACUGUGGUACGACCGCUGCCCUGGCGCCGAGUGGAACGUCAUGUGCCGCGGUUGCUGCGAAUACGACCUGAUCCGCUGCAAGUGUCCGGCCUUGGGUACGACGGUGGGCUACGCCGUGCCCUGCUGCCGCAACGCGCUCAACGAGUGUGACCCCUGCAUCAUCCACCCAGGCUGCAGCAUCUUUGAGAACUGCAAGCGCUGCAACAAUGGCACGUGGGCGGCCAAGGACGACUUCUUCGUCAGGGGGAAGUACUGCGCCGAGUGUCGCCCGGGAUGGUCUGGCGGAGACUGCAUGAGGUGCGGGGGGGUGAUCCGCAAGGCCCAGGGCCACAUCGUGCUGGAGAGCUACCCCACCAACGCCCGGUGCGAGUGGACCCUCCACGUGGACCCCGAAUUCACCGUCGAGCUCAGGUUCAGGAUGCUCAGCCUGGAGUUUGACCACAGCUGCCGGUACGACUACGUCGAGGUGCGGGACGGCGACGACCUGAGCUCCCGCCUCAUCGGCCGUUUCUGCGGCAACGAGAGGCCGCCGCCCAUCCACAGCUCCGGCAGCUCCCUGCACAUCCUCUUUGUCUCCGACGGCUACAAGAACUUCGACGGCUUCUUCGCCACAUUCCAGGAGAGCUCAGCCUGCAGUUCCUCCCCUUGCCUGCAUGACGGCACCUGCAUCCUGGACUCGGUCGGCUCGUUUCGCUGCGCGUGCCUGGCUGGAUACACUGGUCCCAGGUGCGAGAACGUGGUGCUGUGUAGCAGGCCUCCUGUACCGGCCCACGGAGCCACGGAGGGCCUCCACCUUCACUUCGGGGCCCGAGUCACCUUUCGCUGUGACCCCGGGUUCACGCUGCAGGGCGUCCACUCCGCCACCUGCCGGCUGGACGGCACCUGGAGUGCCGCUGCCCCCUCCUGCGUGCCCAGGGAGAAGGAGAAGAGCUGCCCUUCGCCUGAGCACCUCGCCAACGGAGACUACUUCCUGGUGUACGGAGGGAACGUCCUCAUCGCCGUGCAGUACAUGUGUCGCCCGCCGUUCGUGCUCAAGGGACAGUCGCAGAGGACCUGCCUGCCCAACAACACGUGGAGCGGCACGGCGCCGGCGUGCGUCAGAGUGAAAGAUGUGGACGUGGAGCAGGACAGUAAGGGAAGCGGCUCCAAAAAGGGCACAAGUCCAGCGGGCGGUAAAGACGCCGACGGGACCAUGACCUUCGUGGGCAGUAAGAACGCGACCGUGGGUUUGGACAAAUCCGGCAGCCCCGACCCAGGAAAGGAGAAGGAGAAAGACAGUCAGACCACGAACGAGACAGAGAGGCGCCGCUGCCCCCCUCCGCCGAGGCUGCAUAACGGGUACCACCAGCUGGUUCUGGGCCUGGAUGGAGCUGCUGACAUGGUCGAGUUCUUCUGCAACAACUCGUAUGCCCUCAGCGGCACCCCCCGCAUGACGUGCCUGCUGGACGGGACCUGGAGCGGCAAGCAGCCCCUGUGCGUUCGAGCCUGUCGGGAGCCCAAGGUGUCAGAGCUCGUGAGACAGAGGGUGUUGCCUCCUCAGGCCCCAUUCAGGAAGACCCCCGUCCACAAGUUCUACUCGUCCGCCAAUGUGGGGAAGUCGUUUGACCCGUUCAUUCCGACAAAGGGCCCCCCCGUGCUGCCCGAUCUGCCCCAGGGCUUCCACCACCUGUACACACAAAUCGAGUACGAGUGUGUGUCGCCCUUCUACCAGCACUCGGGCAGCUCGCGCCGCACCUGCCUCAAGACGGGCAAGUGGAGUGGGCGCCAUGUCUCCUGCUCUCCAGUCUGCGGGAAACUUGCUGCCUUCAACGCCCGCAAACCGGCUGAGGUGCGCUGGCCCUGGCACGCUGCCAUCUAUCGCCGCUCCGCUGCCGCCACCAAGAUGCUCAACAAGGAUAUCCAGGCAGCUGGACUGGGAAAGGGGUCAGAGGACGAGGCGGCGGCCAUGGGGAAAGAGCCGGAAGUGGAGGACGCCCACUGGCAGCUGGUGUGCAGCGGUGCUCUGGUGAACCAACGCAGUGUGGUGGUGGCGGCGCACUGUGUGACGGAGCUGGGCAAGGCGCAGCCUCUGAGUGCUGCCAAUGUCAAGGUGGUGGUGGGAAAACACUACCGCAGCGACCUCAGGGAGCCCAGGAGCCUGCAGCACCUCCGGGUGUCCACCAUCCUGGUCCACCCCAACUUUGACCCCCUGGUGCUGGACUCAGACUUGGCUGUCCUGAAGCUGCUGGACAAGGCGCGAGUGGGUGAGCGGGUUCUGCCCGUGUGCCUCCCAGAAGCGCAAAUAGGCCAGGUAGCCCCCCAGCAUGCCUUCGUUCUGGGCUGGUCCAUACUGCCGGCAGAAGGGGGUGCCGGCGCAACCAACGAGACGGUGCGGGCCGGCCUGGUGGAGCUGGCUGACGUGGUGAGCUGCGAGCGGCAGUUUGCGCGGCACGGUGUCUCCGUCGGCGUCACGGACAACAUGCUGUGCGGCCGGCAGCACCCGCGCGCCCUCUCCGACAUCUGCCCCGCCGACACGGGGGGCAUCGUAGUCAUGCCCACACCCUCCUACUCACCGCAGGACCCUGAGUGGCAGCACGAGGCCAAGCAUGUGUGGAGCCUGCUGGGACUCGUGAGUUUCGGGUACGAGCAGCACAGCUGCAGCCCGGACCUCUACACGGUCUACACUCGGGUGUCCAGCUUCCAAGACUGGAUUCAGAAGAACAUGAAGUAGGUUCUCCUGCUGGACGCCGAGCCCCUCGUUCGUCCUCCUGUAAUGGCCGGGGGUUCGGUCAACGCUCCAUUAACACUGGACCCCACAUCCUGCACGCACCAGGCGCCCGAGGGACGGAUGUCCUCCUCGUCAGGCGCCGAAGACUUGACGGAGCGGAGAGGCAGAUCUCUCGAAUCCGCUGGAAACCGUUUGUUUUGCUGUAUAAUCCGCUGUGUACAUAUACUGGGAUGUAUUAUUCAGAAAUAUCUAAAAUGACAAAAGGGCUGUACA